AUGGAUCACACACGAGACCCCUGCCCCUGGGUGGCGCUGAAUGAUUUCGGAGGAGCGUUUUGUAUGGGUGCAAUUGGAGGAGCAGUCUGGCAUGGAGUGAAAGGCUUCCGUAACUCACCGUAUGGUGAACGAAGGAUCGGCGCCCUCACAGCUAUAAAAGCGCGAGCGCCGGUGCUGGGAGGAAAUUUCGGUGUUUGGGGAGGCUUGUUCUCAACGUUCGAUUGUGCAAUCAAGGGGAUUAGGAAGAAGGAGGAUCCGUAUAAUGCUAUCAUCGCAGGAUUCUUCACUGGAGGCGCACUAGCAAUCAGAGGAGGAGCGAAGGCGGCUCGAAACUCAGCGAUAGGAUGUGCAUGUCUCCUGGCUGUUAUCGAGGGAGUGGGAAUUGGAUUCCAGAGAAUGAUGGCUGAGAACACAAGGCUUGAUGUACCUUUACCACCCCAACCCCCGCCAUCAGAAUCAGGCAAAACCGGCUUCCCAGCCGUCGCAUAAUGAAUGUCCCUUGUUCCCCAAUACAAAAGGAAAACCAAGAAAAAUAAAUCAGCAAACUGUCAUCCGACCCCCCUGACAAUCCUCGAACCACCCAACUCUACUCUUCCAUCCAUCCUAUCCGCACCAGCUUGGAGCCCCUGUAUUUUUUUUUCCCCCAGACACGCACGCGCGGAGAUACUCGUUUCCCCGUCCCGUCUACAAAGUCUGGAUUCUUCUCACCGUACUGUUUUCUUCUUUUUUUUUUCUGCAUAGCUGGCUGGGGCGUGUAUGUAUGUAUGUGUAUGUAUGUAUGUAUAGAACUUGGUUUCCACAUGAGGACUGUUAUAGAAGUGGGAGUGGGGCCGAGGAAUCGAAAUGGAUUAAUUCACAUCAUGGAAUGUCAGUCAC